AUGCAAUCGAUCAAGAGCGUGGCCGUGAUCGGGGCUGGUCCUGCGGGAGCAAUUGCAGUGGAUGCAUUGAUGCAAGAAAGGGCCUUUGAAAAGGUUCGAGUCUUUGAGCGACAGGAAAAGGCUGGAGGAUGUUGGGUCUCAAGAGAUGAUUCUCCCCCAAAGAGUCUGGACCUGAAUGGAUUAGCUGCGCGAACAGCAGAUGCACCAUUAAAGAUUCCCGAUCAAAUGCCGUGCUGGACACCUCUGAGCUCACAAGAUCGUUUCAUGGACUCACCUGUUUACCCGGGUCUUGAAACAAAUGUGGACGUGAGUGCCAUGUGCUAUUCGCAAGAGCCGAUACCUGCCAUUCGCUCCCAAUGGUCGAUUGAGCGACAUGGAGAAGACACACCAUUUCGACACCACUCGGUGAUCAGACAGUACAUUGAAGACCUGUUUACCCACAAAGUAUACGAUCGACUUGUAGAAUAUAACACCACUGUCGAACGUGCGAUUAAGGAGCCACAGGACUCAAAAUGGACUCUCACUCUUAGGCGCACGGGGAUGCAUAAUGGCACACAGGCAGAUUACUGGUGGACGGAAACCUUUGACGCAGUCGUUGUUGCCUCGGGCCAUUAUGCAGUGCCUUACAUCCCUGCAAUCCCCGGCUUGACGGAAUUUGCACGCCAAUACCCCGGCAGUGUUGAGCAUACGAAACACUAUCGUGGGCCGGGAAAGUACCGAGCCAAGAAAGUCAUCACAGUCGGAGCCUCGGUAUCCGCAGCAGAUACGGCCGUCAGCCUAAUUGACAGUGCUAAGAAUCCCAUUCACGCAGUAGUUCGGGGUCGCUACAAUCCAUACUUUGGAGAUGAAGCCUUCAAGCACCCAAGGAUCCGGCGUCGAGCCCCUAUUUCUUGCGUCGAGAGCAAGACUCGCACCGUCUAUUUCGAGGACGGCACUUUUGAGCCAGACGUGGAUCAUCUCAUGUUUGGAACAGGUUUCACUUGGACACUGCCUUUUCUUCCACAAGUAGAGACGCGCAACAAUCGGAUCCCGAACUUGUAUCAGCACGUGUUUUAUCAAUUGGAUCCUACGCUGGCCUUCGUCGGAGCGGUUGGCGCAGGUCUCACAUUCAAAGUCUUCGAGUGGCAGGCCGUCGCCGCAGCACGAGUCCUCGCAGGUCGUGCUACUCUUCCCCGGUGCGAGGAGCAGGCAAAAUGGGAAAUCGACCGGAUUGCGCUCAAAGGAGAUGGACCAGCUUUCACGGCGAUCAAUCCUGAUUUUGAGACCUAUUUUGAGGGACUCCGUCAGCUUGCUGGGAGGCCGAGUGCGGGUUCACCUGGUCGAGUAUUGCCACCCUUUGAUCGGAAAUGGGUGGAGGUCUUCAGUGCAGGACAUGUGCGACGUAAGGAAAUGUGGAGGAAGUCCAAUGCUGCUGCGGCAUCAAAGUUAUAA